UACAGUGCAAGUAAGGAGAAUCAUGUAAAAGAGGGUCUUAAAGCAGGAAGAGAGAGAGAGACACCCACUAAAGUGUUAAUUGGACCUUGGGGCAAAUAAUUUAUGUUGGAGCAUUGACUUUUCAACAACAAGAACUCAUCAUAUAUAAGAAUCCUCAUUUGGGAAUUGCAAGCUCACUUCCCAUUAGAGAGGACUUGAUCAAAACACACUCACAAGACACACAUAGAUGGUGAGGCUAUCGAGGGAGGCGGCGGAUUUGGAUGGGAUCAUCGGAGGUGGCGGUGGUGGCGGUUUUGGUUUUCUAGUCUUUGUGUUAGGUUUGUUGGUCACUCUUUGUAUUGUCUCAACCGUAAUCUUCUCAUGCGCAGACGGUGUAUCGAAAGAGAAAUCCUCUUCGGCCGACACAGAACUCUAUGGUGGUGGUGGCUGCGCCGCCGGAUGUGGUGCAGCCUGUGGUGGAUAAGAAAGAUCUUAUUCAAAAAAUAUCUCACACAAGCAUCAACAAGAGAGGUUCCGAAAAAAAAAACAGAUAAAAGCCACAGAUGUU